ACCCGACACAGCAAGCCCUAGACGUAGACUUUGGAGUUAAACAUUUAACAAAAAUUUUGUUCAUAACGGAAUUCAUAGCUUCUGCAAUUCUCUGUUGAUGUUAUAAAAGAAAUACCUAUGGCUUUAAACGGAAUGGUAAGAAAAUUAAUCAUUGUCAUUGAAACUUUUACUGUAAAAUGUCAUUUUUUGACGUCUUUAUGUAGUCAUUGUAGUGUAACAAUUUGUCAAUUCCAAUACAUUGCAAGCAACUUUAAGUAGAGGCAAAGCUCCCUACCCAUUCACCAACAGUAUGGAAAGAAAAUGGCAAAAUGCAUUUUGUAAUGUUUACUUUGUUUAUCAGUUUAUACAUGACUGUUUAUAUUUAAACUAAACAAUAUUAAAUGCAUGUUUUUUACUAUUUCCUGUUUGUGUUUCAUUGUUUAGAAUUCCAGCUCAGUUCGCUUUACAAAAGAACAACCUAGGUUUGUAUGUAUUUCACAUAAUCUGGUCAGAACAUAGGCAGGUAGCAAAUAUGCAUCAGUCAAACAAUGUACUUCAGACAGUAUAUUAUUACUUGCAUGGCCUCUACAAAAAAUCCAGUUGGAAUUCCAGUAGGAAUAUCUAUUGGAAAUUGACUGUAAUACACCCUUCUGGAAAGUACAUGAUCUAGGCUAUAGAGCCUAGCUUUCGUGUAUGUGAGAUUAGUUAAAGCUCGAUGUCUGAAUCAUGAAAAUGAGGCUCUAUAGCCAACAUGACAUACUUUCCAGAAGGGCAUAUUCAAUUGCAUUUUUUUUGUGUGGGGGAUUUGAUUCCAGGUUAGUUGGAAAUUAAUUCCUCCAUCGCCAGUGACAACAAACAGUACAUGAGAUAUUACCAUAUUUAAACAUUCUAGUGUUAAAAAGACGUUCAAUUUUUUUGAUGACAAUGGUGAUGGUGACGGUAACGAGGAUGACGAUUUUGAGACGUUUGACGGUGACAAAGACUUUGCAAAAAUGAGAGCUUCAAAAAACACGUCAAAUGAUGCCCCCGACGACUCUGGUGGAGAAAAACUAGGAAAAGCCUGGGGAGGAGCUGCUUACAGUUUUCAGAAAGGUUUAAAUGAUUUGUAAAAAACAUAGUCAUGAUCAAUUUUGUAAUUCUUUCAAAACUGGGAACAUAAAAUAUACCAAAUCGUACACUUGCUUGAGACUGGCUAUGGCCCUGAUUUCUACACAUAAUAGAUCCAGCUAGGAUUGCUAGGGUGCUGAAUGGUGCUGGUUAUGGCAUGCCUAUGCAAGGCAGGCCAAGGGUAUCAAGAGCAUAUGCAGGAUGCAUAUGACUAAGGGACAUAUGUACAGUAGUAUUCUAGGAAAACUACCCAAGCAGAUUCAAGGGCUGAUCUAAGAUGCCAAUCUAUAAAUCAUGAGAUGAUUAUGUUGAUGUGCUCUAUUGUUCAACUAUCUUUUAUAAACAUUUUGAUUGAAACCUGGCUUAUUUUUUUGCCAGAUGAUAAACCAAAUGUUCCAGCCAAAGCUCCAGUUGCAGACCCAUUGUCGAGUUCAAAGACAAGUUAUCAGCAAAGUAAUUACAGAAAAUUGUCUGAAUUGUCAUGACAUUUUCACUAAAAUAAUUGACUUGAUGUAUAUUUAAUAUUUUCCCCUCAAUCUGUAGAGCAAUCAGAACCAAAUGCCAGUCCAGAUGUGUUUCGCCCAUUUCAAAUGCGAGAUAAAAUGAACACCUCAAAGUUUACUGAAACAACUCGGGUUGUUCAGACUUCAACAUUGAAAACUGAAGACACAACAACAUCAACAAGAUACGAAGCUAGUAUAAGCUCCAUUGAAAAUGGUAUAAUUAUACUAUAUUUUUUAUAGUGUUAACAUUAUGUACGUAACUAAAUCAAUAUACAGAUACACGACAAUUAGUGACUGCAAUUGGUGUUCUUCAUUAAGCGUUACAGGGCUGCACACAAUGGUCAACUUCAAGACAAUGAUUCAAUGAAAAGAAUUAACAGCCGUUUCUACCUCUGAUAACUAUCCAUGUUGACCAUCAUCGCAUGACCAUAUAUUAAUGCUAAACAAUUUUGACACCAAACAAUAUUUUUCACACAGUUGUACAGAAAGGAAAAACAGAAAUGACAGAUGCAGAACGAAACAGAAUGCAAGCAGAAAUUAAGGAAUUACAAAAAACUGUCUCUGUGAGUACUAAUGUAAUAAUUAAUUUCAGUUUCCUAUGUACACGCAAUAUGUUUGCAAAACUACAUGGCAAUAAUUUUGUUUUAACUUUUAAUGACAGAGUCUUCGCAAACAACAUAAGAAAGCUCCACAGCCUGAUGAAACUGUGAGAAAACUCAUGUUAAAUCAGGUAUGAUAUAUCGAAACUGAAUAUUGAAGUAUAUGUUAGUUGGUGAGCCAGUCUUGAUCAGUAUGACAUUGUAAUGCAAAUGUUUAAUAUUUGACCUUUAGCCUUGUGUUUUGGAACUUUAUAAAUCACUGGAUGGAAAAAUUUCUUUAUUGGAUGAAGCAAUAACACUUGGAGAUGGCGAUGCAUUAAUCACAGUAGGCUAUGAUACUUUGUGUCUUGUGGCAAUCUUUAUAAAAAUUUAUUUUUCUUGAUAAUUUCUAAAUGUCCUUGUGUAGUCUUUUCUUUAAAUCAUCAUUCAUUGCAAUUAUAUUUCUCUACCAGGUCGUUCUGUUUCUUAAGAAGACAGUAAAACCCAGUAAGUGACAAUAUAUAGUCCUCAAGUUUUACAAAGUUUUAAGAUUUUCCUAAUUUAAACUCAUCCAUUCUCAUCACCAAGAUGGAUGUCAGUUCCAGUCUAAAACGACUUGCUUAACAUGCAUCUCAUCUGUACCAUAGACGGGCAUAGUUGUUAAGACAAUGACCAUUUCCAUUUUAUGGAUUCCUGCAAGAAAUCCACAAUAUACCUUCUACAGUAUUUUGGCACAAUUACAUAGUUUAAGCAUAAUAAUUAACAUUAGAUAGGAGGGUAAUAUAAAGUCCUGAUAGUUGAUUUUCUUUGCUAGGUAUAUUUCUAAAAGAGAUAAAGAAACGUCCGGUCGCAGUUCGCCAUCUUACCUUCUUCAUGAAAGCACAAUACGAAUAUGAUGAACUAAUUAAAUUAUUAAGGUACAGUUCUUCUAAUAUGGACAUCUCUCUAAUAUGAACACCUCUCUAAUAUGGACACCUCUCUAAUACAGACACCUCUCUAAUAUGAACACCUCUCUAAUACAGACACCUCUCUAAUAUGAACACCUCUCUAAUACAGACACCUCUCUAAUAUGAACACCUCUCUAAUACAGACACCUCUCUAAUAUGAACACCUCUCUAAUAUGAACACCUCUCUAAUACAGACACCUCUCUAAUAUGAACACCUCUCUAAUACAGACACCUCUCUAAUAUGAACACCUCUCUAAUACAGACACCUCUCUAAUAUGAACACCUCUCUAAUAUGAACACCUCUCUAAUACAGACACCUCUCUAAUAUGAACACCUCUCUAAUACAGACACCUCUCUAAUAUGAACACCUCUCUAAUACAGACAUCUCUCUAAUAUGAACACCUCUCUAAUAUGAACACCUCUCUAAUACAGACACCUCUCUAAUAUGGACAUCUCUCUAAUACAGACACCUCUCUAAUAUGAACACCUCUCUAAUAUGAACACCUCUCUAAUAUGAACACCUCUCUAAUACAGACACCUCUCUAAUAUGAACACCUCUCUAAUACAGACACCUCUCUAAUAUGAACACCUCUCUAAUACAGUCAACUCUCUAAUACAGACCCCUCUCAAAUAUGAACACCUCUCAAAUACAGACACCUCUCUAAUAUGGACAUCUCUCUAGUACAGACACUUCUCUAACAUGACUUCAAUUAAUGUCAGUAUUAAAAUUGGUGUAUAUAUUUUUCCUUCCUCAGACUUCUGAACAGAAAGGAAGAGGCAAUGGUAAAUAUCGUUAUAUAUUUUCCUGGUCGUCCAGAACCAUGCACCAUUCAUAAAAAAUCUAUUCAAUUUCUGUAACGUAGAUGUUAGAGUACAAGAAGGCAGUGGCGUCAUCAAAUCCAGAUUCACAAAUACAAGCGAUAAAUACAUGUCAAAGGUGCGCAAGUUAUUCACUUAAUGUGUUGGAGUGAAUAGAGGAUUUGUCAUUGCCUUACGUUAAAGUGACGUUUAGAUUUGACUUCCACUACCUUUUACUGACUAAGUACGCAUGUGAUUGGUUAAUCGGGUAGAUUAAACGCAUGCGAUUGGUUAAUCUGGUAGAUUAAACGCAUUUGAUUGGUUAAUGGUCCCUUUAUUGUAGUGGCAGUGGAAGUCAAAUCUGAACCUCAGUAUUGGAGUAUUGGCAUCCUCUUUUCCUUGCCCAUUAUCAAUGACUAUGAAUCUUCAAGUUUUGAUAUUUUUAAUGUUUUACAGAAUAUAUGAAACAACGCCUGAUUUAGCAGACAUGGUAUCAGUUUUGAAUGAGCACCAAACUCUUCUCAAAAGACAAGUGAAAAUUGAGGUGCGCGGCCCGUGUGCCACUGAUCGCAUUUUUACUUAUUUGAGAAGGGAGGUGCCUUGCAUGGGACUAUCUUCUAUAUAGCCUCGUUCGCACCUUCCCUUUUGGGCCAGUUGAUAUUGAACUAAUUAUUUUAAAGUAAUUUAUGGCACCAAUAAAGUUGUUAAAUAUCACGUGACUAUGUGGGCAAAUUGACGAGUGUCCAUGUUAUAAAAUAUUUUUAAUUGAUUCCAGAUUAAAGACAAACGAACUCAAGCAGAAGGCAAGAAUCAAAUCAUGAGACUUCAUCCACGCAAAUCUAUUACGUCAUUACCGUUAAUUGAAACAUUACAUUAUUGUUGUUUUUAUCAUCAUGGAAAAGAUGACGUAAGUUUGAAAUUAUUGAUUGAUUGAUACAGAAGAAUGGUCAGUAAUUCAAUGCAUCCUGAAAAACUGUCAGCUUGCUUAUUGCAUCUUAUUUGGUUUUCUUAGGAAACUCUUGGUCCUGUUUCUUUGCAGAAGGAAUUUAAGGUAUAAUUACCAACAGACAGACAGACAGACAGACAGACAGACAGACAGACAGACAGACAGACAGACAGACAGACAGACAGACAGACAGACAGACAGACAGACAGACAGACAGACAGACAGACAGACAGACAGACAGACAGACAGACAGACAGACAGACAGACAGACAGACAGACAGACAGACAGACAAAAAAAAGCCAGGAGACCUAAGGGCCGAUAUCAAUUUUAAUUUGUGGCAGCUCACAGAUAAACAGUUCGAAUGGAUCAUGAUUGGAGCGAGAGCGAAGCUCAAGAAAUGGGAAGACUUGGAU